GCGGGAAGGGGGGCGGCGGCUGCUGUGAGAGCUGUGGAGACUGAGAGAGGGACUGAAUCGUGGACCCGGGUAGGAGCUGGGGCGUCCCGGCUCCCGCUCGGCGGUGAAGGGGCUCUGAGGGUCCCAUUGGUGGAGGAUUGUUACAACAGGAUGACUCCAGCUGUUGGGAAAUAACGGAACAACUUCUGGAGUAUCCAGGCCUCAGCAGUAAGGGAAGAGGUCUUGAGGUCUCCUGGACAGUAACUUGGGUGCUUCAAGGCUACCCAUGACCUUCAGGAUGGAGGCAGAUGGCCAGGAGUGGCUCUUCAUUCCUUUACAACAAAUAGUGUCAUGGGGUGCCUCUGGGGCCAUGGUGUUUGGAGGCGUUGUGCCAUAUAUACCCCAGUACAGAGACAUCAAAAGAACUCAGAAUGCUGAGGGGUUUUCCACUUAUGUGUGUCUAGUGUUAUUAGUAGCUAAUAUUUUACGGAUACUGUUCUGGUUUGGAAAGCAUUUUGAAUCUCCUCUUCUGUGGCAAAGCAUUGUUAUGAUCUUUACUAUGUUAUUGAUGUUGAAACUCUGUACUGAAGUUCGAGUGACAAAUGAGCUGAAUUUAAAACGUCGUUCCUUUGCAGCUGCAGAUAGUAAGGAUGAAGAAAUCAAAGUUCCGCCCAGGCGAUCCUAUCUGGAUUUUGAUUUGCAUUAUUUCUGGCAAUGGAGCAAGUUCACUGACUACAUGCAGUGUGUUUUGACUUUCACGGGAGUGACUGGAUGCAUCACUUACCUCUCUCUUGAUUCUGCUCUGUUUGUGGAAACGCUGGGGUUUUUUGCUGUAUUCACGGAGGCCAUGCUGGGUGUACCACAGUUCUAUCGGAACUACCAGAAUAGAUCCACUGAAGGAAUGAGCAUCAAGAUGGUGUUAAUGUGGACCAGUGGUGACACCUUUAAGACUGUGUACUUCAUCCUGAAUCAGGCCCCUUUCCAGUUCUCCAUCUGUGGUCUGCUGCAAGUGCUGGUGGACAUGGCUAUCCUGCUGCAAGUCUACUUGUACACCUACUACCCCCAGAAGCCAGCAUCCCAUGCGGCACACCCAGUUAGCGCAAAGGCUCUGUGAAGGCAGAGAGAGAAAGGACACUUGCCAUUUUUGAGGGGGACACCAGCCUGACAGCUUUUGCUUUCCUUGGCAAGAGCCUGGAGAUACAGCUGCCUCCUUCCAAACAAAAGCAAAAAAGGACUGGGAAAUGUGCUGGGGGCACUUGUAAGCCUGUGUGGGAUUAGGGGUAAAGGCAUGAGGAAGAGAAGACUUGAUUGUCCAAUAUCUUGAGGGUUAGCUUUAACAAUUUAUUGUACUUCCGUCUCAAUAGUCGGGGAAGAUGUUGAAAGUCUUGGUUUUGAUAGGUUUUCUCCCAUACAUACUCAUGGGCCUUACUCCUACUAGGAUAGCAUCAGUAUAUUAUUAUGUAUGCAUGCUCAUAAAUGAGCAUUUAUAUGGAAAUGUAUUUUAUAUCUCAAGGGCUGGGUUUUAAUUUUUUAAAUGAUAUAAAAGUUUUCUACCCAUUAUCCCCCUCCUUUAAAAAAAACCUACCACCCAUAAAAGUAUUUGAUCUAAAUUCUUAACAUAUUUAUAAAUAUUAUGCACAUUGGAAUUUAAGUUAAGAGUACUCAUUAUAAAAGCUAGUUCUCUUGAUGUGCUGGGGAGCAGCCACCAUAGCCAGCAAAGCCAGAUGAAAGAGAGAAAAAGAAAAAUGAUCUCGGUUAUCAAGGGGAAACAACUAAAAUUAAGUUUCAAGUUCCCAUCUCAAAGCACAGGUUAUCUCUCUGUCAAAGGCUGAAUCCCCAUUUAGCACACAAGCAUCAGUUACCUUUUAGUCACAUUUGACUAUCCUCUAAUUUCCUUUACUGCUGGUCAGGAGAGGGAAUGGUUUUGACUUCCUGGAGACCUUGUAGUAGCUAUGAAGGUUGCUAAGGGGGAUGAUGAGUUGCCCUCUUGGGUCUGAGUAAGGGCAGAGGAAAUUGCCUGCCUCCUGCCACAGGCAGUGACUAGGCAAGAUUGGCAAAAGAGAGGCCAAGUUUGGGUAAGCUCUGCCAAUCCCAAUUGUGGCUUACUCGAAGCCUCAGCUGCUGCUGUUACUGCUGCUGUGUGAUGGUAGCACCUGAAUGAAAGGAGAACUUUGAUGGAAAUGUGGGAGUAGUAGAUAGCAGGGAAGGACGAAGGUCAGAAAUACUGACAGAGUAACCAGUAAUUCUUUGGUUGAAGAAUCCACAGACAAAGAUCUCCUUCAUUAAAAAACAGCUCUUAGCUCAUCAUCCACUUGGACAGAAUGACUCAGUGCCAAACAGCAAUCAUUGGUGACCUGAGGGCAGAGAAGACAGAGUCCCUGUUGUUUACAAAUGCAAGGGAAACACUGUUGAAUGAUGGUUGGGCAGGUCUUCUCUUGUCUUCAGGUCUUCCAGAGGGAUUCAGUAUGAGGUGCAGGUCAGAAAAUUACUGAGAAGGCUAGUGAGGAACAAAUAAUUUUAUAUACCUAAACCAGAGAUGUGUGUGUGUAUGUGUGUGUAUAUAGCUAUAUAGUUUUUAUAUAUAUAUAUGGUUAUAUAUAUACAUAUAUGUACAAUAUACACAUAUAUAUAUGGAAAAGAAGUUCUACAUAAUGAAUUUUAUAUAUACUUAUGUAUUUAUUUGGUUAGUGUUGGUGUUGAUUUCUGAGAACCUGUGUUUGGAAUGGAGCAUUUCCAUGGGUUCUGGUUUGUAAUUUUCAUCACCGAUUACCCUUGGCCUCUACUAGUUGUUCCCAGAGGCAGACAUACUUAAUGAACCUUUGGGUACCAGGAUGGACUGAAACUUUUGGGCAUUGUUGUUUCUUUGCUGGCCUUCUCCCUAACACCCACUUUAUUUACUGCCAGACUAAAGACUACUAUGGGUAUACGUGAGGAUUUCCUUACCUCUAGAGUAUCCUCUGGGCAUUUGAUAAUCCUUUUUUAGGUCAGGAAGAACUCAGGGGAUAUGGCAGCCAAUGUCUUGCUUUAUUACAGGUGGUGUUUUGCACUGGGUCUGCAUGCUAGUUGAUGCCGUACUCUGCUGAACUAGAUAAAGGGGCAUACUUUCAGUAGUGACAAAGAAACAUUGAGUACCUACUGUGAGCAAGGCACUGUGCCUGCAGUCCUCCUCUGUUUGAAUGUUAGUCACUCAGCAGAGAGAACCCACACAGUUCCAGAUGGGUUGGCUUUUGUGUGACUUUGCUCUCUGGUGAAGUUUGACCUCAAAGCUCCCAUCUCCUAGGGGAGCCAGGGGAAUCCAUCCCUCUUUCUCCUUGGAGACAUAAUGGCUAAAUUCCAUCUUUGGAUAUAUUUGCUUUCUUAGGUCUGUUUUCUUUUUUUCUUCUUGAUAUUACAUAAACACACAUGUGCACACAUAGCAUUUUACUUCUGUUCUUCAGGAAAGUCCAAUGGCACAAGCUAAUGGCAGAGAGGGGAGCCUUCGACAAAGGCACAGUCUCACCACAGUCUAAAGUCAGGAAUGAGCUCUGUGCCAGUGACACUCGUUAUACUCAGGAAUGCUGUUCUUUCAAUGGCCUGGCAUGGAGUGCUGUGGGCCCAACUCCAUUGAUUUUGUUUGGUACCAUAUGCUCUUAUGCCUAAAGUGACCUUACAAAGAUGGCAUGUGGGCGGCAUGGUGGGCUAAGAACAUCUUUGCCUGCCCAGCUUGUUCCUUAUUCCAAUUCUGUUCUCCUGACUAACCUGACUUCUCUACUCCCAGGUUAAUUUACCUUCUUGCCAUGGCAGAAUCCACUUGUUUGUAUACACACUGUCCCCCUGUCUUUUGAUGCCUGGCUGUGUAGAGUACAGCCAGUAUAACUACUUGGUAGUCCUUGCCUAGAUUUCUUGUUAUGUCACAGCCAAAAUGUAGUCCUGGGCUAUUUUCUAUUGUGUUCAACCCCGAAAAGACUAGUUUAUUUGAGGCUUAUGAAAUAGAUAAACACAAAAAUCCAAAGUGUUUUAAAUACCUACGUUUUGCUAACAGGUAAUGAUACUGAGAAGAAAAUGGCAGUGUUGUGUUUUUUUUUUCCUUUUGCAAAGCAAAGGAAAUAUUUUCUGUUGCAGAUACUAACUUGUCUGCAGUCUGAACCAAAGUUCUAUGGACAAGUUGUGUGUUCUUUCCAAAGGGGCUGCAAGGUGCUAGGUGCCGGGGUAGUGGAAUAAUGCUUGAAGUAUGUGCAGGGAUUGAACUCCCUUGGACAUCUGGCCUGUAAGAUGCUUUAAGAAUGUUACUAAGUUUUAAAUAAUAAUAAAAUAAAUGUAGGGAGAUGUCUGUCUAUAGCAGUAAUUGCCUCAGAGCUAACACGAGUGACUCACGUUAGGCACUUUUCUGUUGAUUAUAUGAUGCACAUUCUGAAAUGUUCACAGUAUUUGUUGAUUUUGGUGACUUUCAAUAAACACAUGAAUUCA